UAUUCUUUGUGCUAUUCACAUCCCCCUCCUUAUUUAUUUUUGCAUUAACAAAUUUCCACAAAGAAAGCCUCCCCGCAGCAACAGAAACAGCAGCAACAGCAGCAACACCGCCAGUGCCAAUUUUCACUGCUUACUCGUGUGCCAGUUUAUAAAUAUUAUCUGCCAGAGUGCCUUUUGUAACAUAUACAUCUCUCAUAUUCACACUCGUUUACAGCAAAGCAAGCAAUAUUAACAAACACAACCAUGAGCAUGUCGAUUCGCGCACUCACCCGGAACAUUGUGGUUUCUGCCAGGCCGCAGGCAACCAGGCAGAUGCACAGCCUGACAGCACCAGUCAUCAAGGCCGGGCACUGCUUGUCAGCGCUCAACAAGCAGCAGCAGCAGGCUCGGCACCAGCUAUCUCAGCGGCCAAUUGGGGUCCGCGCUCUAGGCACCACAUCAGCUACACCGCAGGAAGACCCCCAGCAGGCGGCCAAGACCGCCAACAAGGGCGAUUCUAUCCCCGACAGUUCUGCCGAGAAGGAGUCGACACACCACGCUGUUGUCAGCACAUUCGACCUGUUUUCCAUCGGAGUUGGCCCUUCGUCUAGCCACACCGUCGGGCCAAUGCGCGCGGGAAAGAUUUUCGUCCAGGAUUUGGUCGAUCACAAGGUGCUUACUAAGAUCAGAAGCAUCAAAGUUGACCUGUACGGCUCGCUCGCGCUGACCGGCAUUGGGCAUGGCACACCUAACGCCACGCUGAUGGGCCUUGAGGGCGAGCUUCCCGAGUCCGUGCCCACCGAGUCCAUCAUUUCGCGCGUGCAGGCCAUGCACGAAACUAACACGAUAACACUGAAUGGCAUGCACCGCGUGCGGUUCAAUCCCGACAAGGACAUGACGCUGCACUACUACGAGUCCCUGCCUCAGCAUCCCAACGGCAUGCGGUUCACUGUGUUCGACGCCAACGGAGAUAUGCUGGCCACCAACGAGUAUUUUAGCAUCGGCGGAGGCUUUGUGGUCAACGAAAAGACCCAGCUCGCGCACGGCGAGAACGUGUUUUAUCGCGAUUAUGCGCACACGACAGCCGGCGUGGGCAUGGCUUCGGGAUCGGCGGCGGACAUUGAUGGAAGCACAGCCUCGAGCACUACGGCCAGACCUGCCGCUGAGUCUGCCCAGAUGGCUGAGCGCACGCAGCAGGAUCUGGUUACAGCUGCGCUGCCAUUUCGUACGGGCAAGGAUCUGAUUGAGCUGUGUGAGCGCGAGGGCCUAUCUAUCGCCGAGGUAGUCUUCCUCAACGAGCUGCAGUGGCGCAGCCGAGAAGAGGUCAUCAAUGCUGCCUUUCGUAUCUGGGCUGUCAUGGACGACUCUAUUCGCCGGGGCUGCCUCUCAAAGGAUCGCAAGCUCCCUGGCCGCCUCAACGUGCACCGCCGUGCGCCAAAUCUAUACCAAAACCUUAUGCGUGGAAUCUACGGCUCUGCUGAGCAAUACGCAUUGCCUGAUGCCCAACGCCCAAUGCUUGCCGAUGGCGUGGAUCCGGCCACCAGUUUGUUUGCUGUGUCGAGAAAGGACGGCUUCUCAGCCUCGUCGCUCUUGGAGACGUCGCUGACCAGCACGCAGCGCAACGAGCUUACGGGUGUGUUCAAACGCCGCCAGCGCGCUCGCCGCCCGGUACUUCCCCAACUGGACUAUCUGUCCGUUUAUGCCAUUGCUGUCAAUGAGGAGAAUGCCGCCGGUGGUCGUGUGGUCACCGCGCCGACCAAUGGAGCAGCCGGAGUCAUUCCAUCCGUGCUUAAGUACCACCUGGAAUUCCUCAGUGAGGAUCCGUCGCGGGAUAUCUUGGAGUUCUUAUUUACUUCUGCAGCCAUCGGAAUGCUGUACAAACGCGGGGCCUCGAUCAGCGCCGCCGAAAUGGGCUGCCAGGGCGAAGUUGGCGUUGCCUGCAGUAUGAGCGCCGCGGCCUUUGCUGCCGUAAUGGGCGGUACGCCAGCCCAAGUUGAGAAUGCCGCCGAGAUUGGCAUGGAGCAUAACCUGGGAUUGACCUGCGAUCCUGUUGAUGGGCUAGUUCAGAUCCCGUGCAUUGAGCGAAAUGCUCUGGGCGCCGUUAAGGCAGUGACUGCCGCCCAGCUUGCACUGCAGGGCGACGGUAGCCACAGAGUGUCCCUUGACCAGGUAAUUGAGACGAUGCGCCAGACAGGCCAUGACAUGAUGUCAAAAUACAAAGAGACGUCCCAGGGCGGCCUUGCUGUCAAUGUGCCCAUUUGCUGAAUGGCAAUCAUUUUUGAUUUAAUCUUAGUUUGAUGAUAAUUGCGAUUAGUAUCAAUUAAUAGAUAUGUAUUUUGAUAUUAAUUUGCAAUU